UUGAAAGAAGCAGUCGUUGGUUUCUGGUUCGAUCAAAUAUCAGCAGUUUUUUUCUGGUCUUUCGCUGCCAUAAUGAGUGUAUUGCAGCGAAUGUUUGGAGGUAAGAAUAAGGAAAAUAUUCCGACAACUGAAGAUGCAAUCCAAAAACUGAGACAGACCGAGGAAAUGUUGGAGAAAAAGCAAGAAUUCUUGGAGAAAAAAAUCGAUAUGGAGAACGCAACAGCGAAAAAGCACGCCAAAACGAACAAGAGAAUUGCGCUGCAAGCCUUGAAAAGGCGGAAACGCUUUGAAAAACAGCUUAAUCAGAUUGAUGGAACUUUAUCGACCAUAGAAUUUCAGCGUGAAGCCUUGGAAAACGCUAACACAAACACCGAAGUUUUGAAGAAUAUGAAUUAUGCUGCUAAAACACUGAAGAGCAUUCAUCAAGUUCUCGAUGUGGAGGAUGUUCACGACAUUAUGGAUGAUAUUCAAGAACAGACAGAAAUUUCUAAAGAGAUUUCGGAGGCAAUCUGUGGUGUAGGUCUGAAUCAAGACUUCGAUGAUGAAGGACUCGAAGCCGAAUUGGAAGCCAUCGAACAAGAAAGUCUCAACAAAGAACUUCUUGGAAUGGAACGUCCUAACACAGGAUUACCGAACGUUCCAUCGACAGAUCCGUUAAUGAAAAACAAAACUAUGCGUGAUGAUGAUGACCUGAAAGAUCUCGAGGCCUGGGCUAUGUAAAAACUGAGAACUUUAUGUAGAACACAUUAUUAAUCGCAGACUCUUCUGAAGUAAACGAAGUUUAAUGUUCCGUAAGAUGGCUUGCUGAAAGAAAAUUGAGUUUGUACAGUAUCAGCUAAGCAUGUACCUUAACUGCAAAAUAAUGAACGUGUUAAAGCGUAUUUAUGCCGCUUCUAGAUUAAAAUUUAUGUGCACUGGGAAAGAAGCGUUAAUUAAUUUUGACAGAUUGUUAUGAUACAACGCAAGAGUUGUUCAAGAAAGAAAUAAAAUAAAACUGUGAUACAAUGAAAUAAAA